GUAAUUGUGCUGAUCUUUGAGGGACACAGCGCAGUUUGGAGUUGUCUUGCAUCCAGGUUUUGCCUACAUGUCCGUCGUUGCCAAAGGCUCCAGGACAGUUCAGAAUCUUGAGAUGAAGAGAAAAUCUAGAAAGGCAAGCGCACAUCCACAAUCCGCCAAAGCAGAUACAAGAUCUAGGGAUCAUCCUGAAGCUGUGGAGGAUCACCACACAAUACCUGUGCCAGACCAGAAGCAGUCAACUGCGUGCCAGGAGGCACGUGAAGCUUUGUCACCGCCCCUGCCAACGCUAGCGCCGGCAGCAGCUCAACCAACACCGCCUACAUGUUGCUAUUGCCGGGCGGAAAUCAACGCAAGGACAAUGUUUAUAGUUGCUGAGGACGUAGAAGGGAUGCUGGCAUCGGAUAGCACCAGUACCCCCACACCAGAAACUUUCCCAGACGUACCCAAGAAUGUGCUGUCAGGGUUUGAUGCGGUAACGACCAAAUCCAAACCGCCCCCAGCAAGGAUUAUGAAACCCAGGUACCUUCACGAGGAGUGCCUUGCUUGCAGCGCGUCCGGAUGUACAUAUGUACCUGCAAUCGUCAAGCAUGCAGACACAGACGUUACUUCAUCAGAUCAAGAAACAAAUGUAUCGGACGAAAUGUUCCUGGUUGGUGAUCUCCUGCUGUGCAAACAGCACUACACAAGCUACAGAAGUCGUGAACAUCUAAAGUGCGCAGCGUGUGGAGAAGCCGCUGGUCAACCGGAGGGCAAGGUCUUCGUGUUCGAUGGCAAGCUAAACUACAUCGACACGGACAGAAUUGAAGGGUGUUACAACGAAAGUGGUGAGGCAGUUGACGAUAGCCCUGGACUGAUCGUCUGUCACGAGGACUGCUUCUCCUGCGCCAAGUGUAAUCAGCGGCAGACCAAAGGAGCGCUGGUCAGAUUCGAUCAAAACGGCAAAGUGACCUGCUAUCCGUGCGGCUGUAGACAUUCAGAGAAGGUUGUGGAGAUGGGAAGGAAAGGUCACAUGCCAUCAACCGGCCCACCAGUCACCACACAAGGACUCAGUACUCACAGCUCCAUGUCUGACCUCAGCAGCUCCACAGCAACCGCUAGGCAGCCAAAAGCCGAAACACCAAGCGGUGGCAUCCUGAGGCAUAUGUCUGCAGACUCAAGACAAUCUAGCUCAGCAGGGCGGAGGAGUUCCAGUGAGGAACGUCCAGGGGACUCCGUAAGUGCGAAAGGUCGACAACCAAGGUCACGCACUGUAUACACGGCGGAGCAGACGGCGUAUCUCACUAAAUGCUUUCAGGAACAAGACAAUCCCGACAGCCAAGACAUGUUGCAGAUCGCCAAGGUUGCUGGUGUGCCGAAGAGGAACAUACAGAUCUGGUUUCAAAACCAACGUGCAAGGAACAAGCGCACACCUACUACAGUGUCGACGACAGACGUUCAAGUGCUAUCUCCUCAGUACCAAACAGCACGACCAUUAGCUAGUGCAAUCCAGGAUCAGCUGACAACAUCGCCAGCGACACAUCACCCUGCAAUGACGGCACAAGGUCAAGUGCUAUCUCCUCAGUACGGAGCCGCACCACCAGUAGCUAGUCCGAUGCUGCCUGGGCUAAGGGCAUCACCCCCACCGCCGUCACAGCAUUCCGCCAUGACUCUGGACCUGCCACAGUACUGGACGGCACACGCAGUAGCCCCUACGAUGCCACACCAGCUGAGUACAGUAAUAUCACCACCACCAGCACUGCAUCCCGCCAUGACUCCGGACCCAGGCCAGGCACGUCUAGCAAGCCCCAUACUCAGCUCGCCUAUGUCCAGUCCUGACUCCAGAUUCAUGCCUGGACUGGCACAGCGCAGUAUGCCUAGAUUGACAAUGCUCCCGCAAGUCGCGUCCUCUCCUUACCCUGCUAGAUUGCCUGACAGUGGAGGGAUUUUGCCAGGGCAAGACUGCGCAUCCACACACAGGCAUGCAGCAACGACAUUCAUGGCCGCGCAACAGCACCAAGAGUUGCAACACCAGCAGUGUCAUCUGCUGCAACAGCAACAGCAGCAACAACAAGAGUACAACCUGCGGCAACAGCAUCAGCAGCAACAGCAGCUAGCCUUGAUGCAGCCGCAGUUAACGCCAGCUUCGCAAGGACGAAGCCUAAGAGUAUGUGCCAGCCAUGAUGGGAGUAUGCCUUGGCCCUCUGUGGCGUCUACAGGUACUGCUCCCGUGUUCAAACCCAGCUCCAGUGGCACCGACAGGUAUACCAGUAGUAGCUUACAGCGUUUUCCCUCUGACACAUCACUGGCAGCUGGUGUUACUGCAGUACAAGCCGUCGCCACUAGCACUACACAAUCUCUAACUAGCAUGGACCCGCGUGUGAACCUCAUGUCGCCGCCAGAUGAAGAAUCCCGUAUAUUAUAUCAGGCGCCAUGAAACGCUCCAUGGCAUUUCCGCACAACCAACCCGCUUCGUAGCGCUAAUUGCACUACUCACUAGUUUUUGAAAUAUUUAUCCUCACCGUGUUACAAAGGGUGUUAUUGUGUCAAAUAUUUAUUCCCUCAAUAAGUUUGUUGUUGUUGUUGUUGUUGUUGUUGUUGUUGUUGUUGUUGUUGUUGUUGUUGUUGUUGUUGUUGUUGUUGUUGUUGUUGUUGUUGUUGUUGUU